AUGGGCUCAGGUAGCUGGUGGCUGUGUUUGUGCACCUUGGGAAUUCUUGCAGCUCCGUGUCGCGGCACUAGACCGUGUCUGAACAGGAUUACAAUCAACGUGAUCCUGCUGGAUGAUGAGGAGUCUCCCUGGAGCCUCCAGUAUGUGGAAGGACAAAUACAGAAGGCCAUAGAGAAAGAUUCAGCCAUCAAUGCUGCCCAGGAUGUGGGGUUUAAUCUAACUGCCAAUUUCCGUGGGUUCGACACGACCUUGUACUGGCGGCGAGGCUGCCCGAGCAGUUCAUGUGAAGGAGUUGGAGAGAUAAACAACUUGAUGGAUUCGGGCACGAUGGGAUGUGCUGUGCUUGGACCCACCUGCACCUAUGCUGCUUUUCCAAUAGUUGAUACUGAAGCUGGCAUGAGCCUCAGUACGCCCAUUUUCUCGGCAGGAAGCUUCGGUCCCUCUUGUGACUACACCUUCAACUUGCUGCGGCUCCUGCCACCCGCACGCAAGAUCUCUGACUUUUUCACCCACUUCUGGAAAGAAAAAAAUAAUCUCAAACCUGCAUGGAAGACAGCUUAUAUUUAUAAAAAACAGAGCAGCUCAGAGGAAUGCUUUUGGUAUAUAAAUGCAAUGGAAGCAAACCAAGCAUUGUUUGCCUCAAAAAUGAUGCUGCGCAGUCCCACAGAACUGCACAACGUGCUUACGUUACCCAACAGGACAAGCAACUUGUUCAUCAUGUGUGGAUCACCAGUGGACGUAGUGGAAAUGAAAAAUGGCUCCAAGGCUGCGGACAGCAGUGAUAUUCUCUUCAUUCUCAUUGAUCUUUACAAUGAUGUAUACUACACCAACACAUCGUUGCACCCAGAAAUGAAGAACGUGUUGGUGCUGACCAUGCCGAACACCAGAAACUACACCAUCAAUCCAAACCUUAAAGACAACAACACGAUGAACGACUACAUGGCUGCGUACCAUGACUCGGUCCUGUUUAUUGGUCAGGUGAUGAGAAAAAUCGCUGAAAUAAAUCAUUCUGAGCUUCAGGAGAUGGACUUUGUGAAUACAAAUUACUUCAGAAACGCCAGUUUUGAUGGGAUUGCUGGGAAUUAUAAGAUGGACAAGUACGGAGACAGAGACGUGAAUCUCUCAGUCAUUUACACCACUGCUGACAACAAGUACAAGGAAUUAUUCAUAUUUGACACCGAGUCCAGAAAAACUAAGGUGGUGGACAAGAAUCCGAACUUCAUCUGGGGAAAAAUGCUUCCCAGGAAUGAACCAGUCAGCGGCUCUAGAGAUCUUGACAUCAUUGUGAUUGUGUUGGGUGUCACUGUGGUCAUAGUGGCCACAAUCGCCUUCAUUUUCUACAGACAGAACAGAAGAGAUCGACUGCUCAGGAAGCGCUGGUCCCACAUUAACACUGAUCUCAUCACGCUGCUGGAGGACGUCAGUGUUAUUUCCCUCAAUAUUGAAAAUAAGAAGAAAAAGAAGUUCAAGGUCCGCUUUGCACUCUAUGAUAAGAAGAUUGUGAUCCUGAAGGAACUGAAGAACUCAGAUGGGAACUUUGAUAAAGCCCAGAAAAGGGAGCUCAACGCACUACUACACAUCGACUACUACAACCUCACAAAGUUUUAUGGCACAGUGAAGUUAGAUCAGGGUGUCUUUGGAGUGUUUGAGUAUGGAGAGCGGGGGUCGCUCAGGUGUGUGCUGAAUGACAAGAUUUCAUACCCAGAGGAGACCUUCAUGGACUGGGAGUUCAAGAUCUCAGUCAUGUAUGACAUCGCCAAGGGCAUGUCCUACCUCCAUGCCAGUGACAUUCAGGUGCACGGUCGCCUCAAGUCCACCAACUGUGUGGUGGACAAUCGCAUGUUGGUGAAGAUCACAGACUUUGGCUGCAAUGCUUUUCUCAGCCCUGGUCAAGACUUGUGGACAGCUCCGGAGCAUCUGAGGAACCAGGGCACCUCGCAGAAAGGAGAUGUCUACAGUUUUGCCAUCAUUGCUCAAGAGAUCGUCCUCAGAAAGAACACCUUCUUCACUGAAUCCUGCUCUAACCGAUCAGAAAAACUGUCCAGGGUCAUCUCAUCCUACUUUAGACCAGAUCUUAACUUUGACACGGCUUCAGAGAAAGAAUUAGAGGUGUACAUGCUGAUAAAAAACUGCUGGGAUGAGGACCCAGAAAAAAGACCCGACUUUAAGAAAGUAGAAAACUGUCUGGGGAAAAUCAUCAGUAAAAUCCAUAAUCAGGAAAAUGAGAGCUACUUGGACAACAUGAUCAGACGGCUGCAGAUGUAUUCCAGAAACCUGGAGUACCUGGUGGAGGAGAGAACAGCUCUCUACAAAGCUGAGAGGGAUCGAGCCGACUACCUUAACUUUAUGCUGCUGCCUGGCCCAGUGGUCAAAAGCCUGAAGGAGACGGGGGUUGUGGAACCAGAGCUGUAUGAUGAAGUAACGAUAUAUUUCAGCGACAUAGUUGGCUUCACCACUCUGUGCCAGUACAGCACACCGAUCGAAGUUGUGGACAUGCUUAACGACAUCUACAAGGGGUUUGACAGCAUCGUCGACCACCACGACGUAUACAAGGUGGAGACAAUAGGUGAUGCCUACAUGGUUGCUUCUGGUCUGCCAAAGAGAAACGGGAACAGGCAUGCAGUGGAUAUUUGCCGCAUGGCGUUAGACAUCUUGUCCUUCAUGGGCACCUUCCAGCUCCGACAUCUUCCUGGUAUCCCUGUGUGGAUACGAAUCGGUGUACACUCAGGUCCCUGUGCAGCAGGUGUUGUGGGAAUAAAGAUGCCCAGAUAUUGUUUAUUUGGAGACACAGUCAACACAACGUCUCGUAUGGAGUCUACAGGACACCCCCUGCGGAUCCACGUCAGUCAGUCUACCAUAGACAUCCUGCAGAGAACGAACUGCAGGUUUGAGUACGAGAUGAGAGGGGAAACAUAUCUGAAGGGCCAAAGCACAGAGACAACUUAUUGGCUGACAGGUGAAACUGGUGAAGACUAUGAUCUUCCUGUUCCACCCACAACUGAAAACGUCCAGCGGCUCCAGCAGGACCUCGCCCACAUGAUCUUGACGUGUCUGGAGCGCCGCUCUCGAGGUUCUGUGCGGAGGAAGAAGCUGCUCUCAAGUCAGAGCAAGGAGGACAGCAGCGACCAGGGGUCAGAGGUGGAGUCUGAGAGCAGCCUUCCUGAGUACUUGCAUCUAGCCACUGUGGAUAACACACUCAGCACCUUCCUGUAGUGCAAACCGCUGUAGAGUGUGCUGCAACUAUCUGCCUGUUAUUGCACUAAGAGCAGGAAAUUGACCAAGGAAAAAUGAGGAAGGACAGUCCUGUGUUUAAUUCAUGCAGGGCCGUGUUUAAGCUAC